AUGCGGCCCUCAGAUGUGAACCCGCAGUCUGUGAGCCGUUACUCGAUGCUCACCUUAUUGUCACUCCAGCAGUUUCACACAUUUUCGAGACCAUUAGGCUCAACGUCCACUGCACGCAUACGUUCAGCUCGCUUCAGCCAGCUUUCUGGUGGUCCGCCUCAAACUCGAUCCCUCGUUCUAGCUUGUGGCGGACAUCCUCCCUCGAAAAUAAAAUCGAACUCUAGGCUGGUACUCCAAUGGAAAAAAAAUAAUUGGGCAAGCGUUGUGAUGGCGUUGAGGCCGCGAAGCUUGGCAUCGAGUGCCUCGAACCCAAGAUCUCGAAAGCGAGCUCGUGGAUGCACCUCGGUCUGGUAUAUCUGGCAACCGUAUACUCAUUGCCAAGAAAACACCAGCGGCCUUGGCUCGAUUUUCACAAACGUGCUGGACCGUGAACUAAGACCCAUGGACAGAUUUUCAAGCCACACAAGCAAAUUCAUUCUCGCUUCACCUGAUCCCAGUCGCAAGUGA